AUGAUCGAUCUCUCCCUUCCUCCAGACUUGGAUUGUUUGUCAUGGCAUAGUACGCAGGAAGACACCAAAAGAGAAUCAUGGUUUCCCGUCCGAGUAAACGCUCACGCAAACAAGGUGCUGGGUUUCGACUGCAUAAAAAUUGUCCCGACUGGAGCGGCACAAGCAACUCACGAUGUUUUCCCCAAGCUAAUUUUCUUUAGACCCUGGCCGUUGCAUUGCGACGGUAUUCCACAAAAGUUUGUGAAGGUUUACGAGACAAACAUAUAUAGUUUGUCGGGAAAUCGAGGAAAGGCAUAA